GGAGGCGACCAGGGUUUCGGCGCUGGGGGGCUGGCUUGGGCGGCAGCGGCGGCUGCUGCGGAUGGGAGCGGGCCGGCUCGGCGUACCCAUGGAGCGCCACGGCAGAGCGGCCGACACCUCCGCCUCGGCGGGGGAGCCGGCGCCCGAAGGGCCUGAUGGGCGGCGGCGGGAGCUGCUGCGGCGCCGGGCGAGUAGCGCGUCGGAGCCCCCAGUCGGGUCCUCUGCCUCGCCUUCGGCAGAGGGCAUUAGGCGAAACCGGCCCGGCUCCUACAGCGGCGCUCCCUCGGCCUCCCGCCAGCGCGUGGAAAGCCUCAGGAAGAAGCGGCAGCAGAGGGACAGAGCAUGAACGGGGGAGAGUCAGAGAGAGAG